AGUUGCUUAGCAAACUCGCCCCCAGCAAGACGUACGCGCGCGUGCCGCUUGCACAAUACGUGAGUUUUUCGUAAAAAAAAAAAAAAAAACGCUAACUGUGAAUUCUCAAAAGUGAAACAACAAACACUGAAGUUGGCAAAUUUCGAAGAGAAAAAUAAAAGUAAAAUAAUUAAACUGACGUGCAAAUAAUAGUGUCCAUCCGCUUAUCGAUUCGAUCGCACGAUCGAUGUUCGCGUAGUGGCCGCCAGCAUAUGAUGAGCCUGACUGUUGUCUCGCUGCCGCAACGUUACAAACGCCUCCUGCAAGCGAUGACACUCGCCGUUGCCGUCGUCUAUAUGACACUUUUGCUCUAUCAGAGCGCCUACGGAUAUCCGGGCCUGCAACUGCAGCCGCAGUCGCAGCUGGAUGGCAAUGAACCUGCCGCAACGACGACCACACAACAGCAGCAGCAGCUGCUCCACUCGCUGCCACCCACACAGUCUGUGGCUGCUGCCGCCUCCUCUUUGCCGCCUGCUUCCUCGCCCGUUGCUGCUGCUGUGGCCACGCCCAUAACGCCUUCGCUGAUCAUACGCAAGGACAUACAUAGCUUCAAUUUCAGUGAUAUUGAGGUCAGCGAAAGACCCGACGCCACGCUGCUAACAGACCUAGCCCGACGCAGCCGGAACGGUGAACUGCUCCACGAUCUGUCGCAGCGCGCGGUGACAGCGACGCCGCAGCCGCCGACAACGGAGCUGGAUGACAUUUUCAUCAGUGUGAAGACGACGAAGAACUAUCACGAUACGCGACUGGCGCUGAUCAUCAAGACGUGGUUCCAAUUGGCGCGCGAUCAGACCUGGUUCUUUACAGACACGGACGAUCAUUAUUAUCAGGAGAAGACAAAGGGCCAUCUUAUAAAUACGAAAUGUUCGCAGGGCCAUUUUCGCAAGGCUCUGUGCUGCAAAAUGUCCGCGGAGCUGGAUAUCUUCCUCGAGAGCGGCAAAAAAUGGUUCUGUCACUUCGACGAUGACAACUAUGUCAAUGUGCCCCGUUUGGUGAAGCUGCUGGAUGAAUAUAGUCCCAGUGUCGACUGGUAUCUGGGCAAGCCGAGCAUAUCCUCGCCGCUGGAGAUACACUUGGAUAACAAGAACGCGACGACCAACAAGAAGAUCACCUUUUGGUUUGCCACUGGCGGCGCUGGCUUCUGCCUGAGCCGCGCCCUGACGCUCAAAAUGCUGCCCAUAGCAGGUGGCGGCAAAUUCAUUAGCAUCGGCGACAAGAUACGCUUUCCGGAUGAUGUCACAAUGGGCUUCAUCAUAGAGCAUCUGCUGAAGGUGCCGCUGACCGUUGUCGAUAAUUUCCAUUCGCAUUUGGAGCCCAUGGAGCUAAUACGCUCGGAUACGUUCCAGGAUCAGGUAUCCUUUAGCUAUGCGCACAUGAAGAAUCAAUGGAAUGUGAUCAAGGUGGAUGGCUUCGAUCUGAAGGCCGAUCCCAAGCGUUUCUAUUCGCUGCACUGUCAACUCUUUCCCUACUUUAGCUUCUGCCCGCCCAGAUAGAAAUCAACGUAGGAUCUCCAAUUUAUAUAUAUAUAUAUCUAGAUAUAUCGGGGGUCUCUUCAGGCUCCCGUUGGCUGUUGCAGGCGUUGCGGUUCUGAACCCAAUUUUGGCAAACGUAUGAGAAGAAAAAAAACCGGAAAAAGAAAAACAAAUCUCACCACUGUGAUUUAAUAUUUAAGUAUGCGAAUAUGAUAAACGAUAAACGAUAACACAUAAUCGAUAACAGCUGAUGUGAACAAAUGGUUCUAUUGUAAAUAUAUAUAUAUAUAUACAUAUUAUAUAGAAUUCAACUCGAAAGUUGUGCUUCCUAGACAUUCAUAAGAUGAUCAAGAACUUGCCUUCCAGAAGAAAAAAAAAAACACAGAAACAAAAAAUAAAAAUCAUCCAAGUUUUUAACUAUUAUCGCUUAAGUUAUGCAAUUGUUGCAACAAUUCAACACUUUCCAAGUGCUUCCUUUUGUAGCGUUAUAUGCACUCUUCCAUUGAAGCUAAUUAGCUUAGUUAAAUUAAUGGUCUAGUCUAUGUUUAAGUUGAUCUAGCGUUUAGUUCGCAGUUACGGCACGGACCAGCGUCAUCAUCCAGUUGUCUGUACUAGUGUUUAUUUGCAUGUUAACUGGAACUGCGCAGUCCGAUUUGUCGCAAUCUGUCUGUGUGUGUAUAUAACAAUCAAAUAUAAUGUAACUUAUAGUUUGUAGUCUAAGAAAUGUUUAAACAAUUUUGUUAAUUUUUAGUUUGCUUGAAUAAAAUCUGAUCAAAUAACAUAAAA